AUGCAGUACCUAGAGCCUGACGAGAACAUCGCUAGCGGUCUCCUCGACUGGCAGUCGCAUAUCGAUGAGCCGCAGGCCGAGUAUCUCGAGAUGGAUGGCGCCGAAAGUUUCCGGUCGGCGCGCACUGAGCCCGGGGCCCUGUCCAAGGGCGCGACUGCUACUGGGACGGACUGGCGCGCUACAGAAGCGCCCCGCUCGCCGCCCGUCGAACCAGUGAACAGCAAGGCUUUCGACACGUCGUUUCACGACGAGUCAACAGACAUGUCGGUGGACAUGCGUGAGUAUGCGGCUGCCUCACCGGCCGCCGCCGCUCCUUCGCAGACGCGGGCGCCUACCAAAAAGGCCAAGUGGCCCUGGCUCCUUGCGGCGCUCGUGCUCGUAGCUGUGCUGGCUAUCGCGCUCGGUGCUGGCCUGGGCGUGGGACUCUCGAAGAAGAGCAAGGACACAUCUGCGCCGCCGGCACCAGCUACGUCGGAGCUGGCUGACCUGCCCAAGUGGGACUGGCUCUCACCCUCGAAAAAGGCCUUUGGUGUGAACCUGGGCGGCUGGCUCAUGCUGGAGCGCUGGAUGUACGAGGACUGGAUGGUCGGCGUCGGUGGACCGAACGCAUGGGACGAGCUUCGCCUGUCGCAGCGGCUCGGCGACCGCACGGUCGACGUGCUCAACUCGCACAUGGACUCCUGGAUCACCGAGCAGGACCUCGACCGGAUCCAGUCGUUUGGAAUGAACAUGCUCCGUGUGCCGAUUGGGUACUGGCCCUUCCUCUCGACGCGCAUCACGGGCGAGCCGUACCGGAAUGCGACGCAGCUGGACCACCUGUCCAACCUCAUGCACUGGGCGUGGAAGCGGGGCCUCUACAUCCUGCUUGACUUGCAUGGCAUGCCCGGCAGCCAGAACAACGACCAGUCGUCUGGCCGCAACGACACGAGGCGCACCGCUGACAACUAUGUGGACUUUUAUUCCGACAAGAACCAGGAGUACUCCCGGCAGGUCGUCACGUCGGCGCUCCAGUGGGUCGAACGGCACCCCGCGAAGUCGGUGAUCGCCGGCUUCACCUCUGUGAAUGAGCCACGCGUCUACAACAACCCUCGGUACCUGCAGAAACUACGCAGCUUUUACGACUUCAGCAUCGAACAGCUCUCGUCCCUCAACAUACCCCUGGUGGCGCACCAUGCUUUCGUGAAUAAUCCCUACGACGAAUGGAGUGCAUACGCGAGCUCCAAGGGGCCCUCGCGCUUCAUCCUCGACGAUCAUCCGUACCCUGCGUGGUUCCAAAAUCCUCUGCCCAGUAAGAUCGAUUCCAUCGUGCAGAGCGUGUGCCAGUACGGCAGCGAUAUGCAGCGCUUUCCCACGCCCGUGCUCAUGGGCGAGUACUCCCCCGUGAGCAUUCUGAAUGGCUCGACCGCCACCACCGACCUGCUCAAGACGGAGCUCAAAGUCUUUGGCUGGUCCGCUGGCUCCCUCUUUUUCACGUACCGCAUCAACGCCUCCGCAAACCCCGUGGCCGGCGAAGCGGCGCCGAUUGCUCUCAAAUACUCCUUCUACGACAUGGCCCUGCCGAACAGCGACGUUGGCCAAUUCCCUCGUUUCGACAACAAGACGCCCGUCAUCGACUGGACCAACCAGCUGGCAAGCUCGUGCGGCAGCGCACCUUCUCUUUCGUGGACCCGAUCCAGCUAG